AUGGGUAACUACUUCGGCCUUCGAGGCAAGAGCCUCAACUGGGCGAUCAGUAUCAUCGCCGGAUGUGAUUUCCUGCUUUUCGGAUACGACCAGGGUGUCACUGGUGGUAUUCUCACCCUGCCCGCCUUCCAGUCUCAGUUCCCCGACAUCGACCCCGAAGCCGACGGCAUUAGCAGAGCUCUCAAGAGCGAGCGUGCUACCGCCCAGGGUAUCGCCGUCGCUUCCUACAACCUCGGCUGCUUCAUCGGCGCCAUCAUCACCAUCUUCAUCGGUAACCCCCUCGGUCGCAAGCGCAUGAUUAUCCUCGGUACUUCUAUCAUGAUCAUCGGCGCCGCUCUUCAGGCUUCUGCUAUGACUCUCCCCCACUUCAUCAUCGGACGUAUCAUCACUGGACUCGGAAACGGCGGCAACACGUCAACAGUACCAACAUGGCAAUCAGAAACUUGCAGUGCUCACAAGCGUGGUAAGCUGGUCAUGAUUGAGGGUGCCCUCAUCAGCGGCGGUAUCAUGAUUUCCUACUGGAUCGAUCUGGGCAUGUCUUUCGCUCCGGGCUCUGUCGCAUGGCGCUUCCCUCUGGCGCUCCAGAUCGCUUUCUGCAUCUUCAUUCUCGCCUUCGUCUGGAACCUCCCGGAGUCUCCCCGCUGGCUUAUUCUCAAGGACCGCCACGAGGAAUCCAAGGAAGUCAUUGCUGCCAUCGCCGACUUGCCUCUGGAUGAUGACUACGUCGAGAACGAGUACAAGGUCAUGAAGGAGACUGUCGAGGAGAUGUCCAAGGGCAGUUUCGCCGACCUCUUCACCAUGGACAAGAACCGCAACUUCCACCGCACUGUCAUCGCCUACGUCAACCAGAUGUUCCAGCAGAUUUGCGGUAUCAACCUCAUCACCUACUACGCUGCUGUCAUCUACUCUGGACUUGGCAUGUCUCGCUUCAUGUCCCACCUUCUUGCCGCUCUCAACGGUACCGAGUAUUUCAUCGCUUCCUGGCCUGCUGUCUUCCUCGUUGAGCGUGUCGGCCGUCGCAAGCUUAUGCUUUUUGGUGCCGUGGGCCAGGCCGUUACCAUGGCCGUUCUUGCUGGUGUCAACUCCCGGGAUACCUUUCCUUUCCAGGUCACUGGCAUUGUCUUCCUGUUCGUUUUCAACACCUUCUUCGCUGUUGGCUGGCUCGGCAUGACCUGGCUGUACCCUGCCGAGAUUGUUCCCCUCCGCAUUCGCGCCCCUGCCAACGCUCUCUCCACCUCCGCCAACUGGAUCUUCAACUUCAUGGUCGUCAUGAUCACUCCCGUCGCUUUCGACACCAUCAAGCACCACACCUACACCAUCUUCGCCGUCAUCAACGCCUUCAUCGUCCCCUGCGUCUACUUCUUCUUCCCCGAGACCGCCUACCGCUCCCUCGAGGAAAUGGACUCGAUCUUCGCCAAGACCGGCAGCGGCUGGAAGGGCGCCUUCACCGUCGUCGACGUUGCCCGCACCGAGCCCCACCGCUACGGCAAGAACGGCGAGCUCCUCAUCCACUACGACGACGUCAAGGAGAACGAGGGCCGCGCCACCACCCGCGAGAACCGUGGCGAGGGCAGCAGCGGCGACUCCGUCAACAGCGCCCAGGGCGGCAUCUGGACCCGCCAGGAUGAGGAGACGCAGAACGUCGAGAAGUCGGAGAAGAUUUAA